AUGAGUGUGCAGCGCCAACUCCGGGAGGAUUGGGAUAACAGGGAGUACGAACAGAUCAUCGCCGACAACAUAAAGAAUAUCGCCAAUUACCUCUCCAGUUUUGAGCUUUCUUGUAGGACCAAGUUAGCUUGCCUGAGUGACAGGCUUAACCUUCUGGAGAAAAAAGUCGAAUUCCUUGAAGCAAGGGUAUUUUACUUUAUCUUCUUUAGGAUUAAAGACAAAUUUGAAGUUGGUCAUCUCUAUUGUUAUGUGAGGCCACAUUUCCACUUGUAA